AUGCAAAUGGUUCGAUCGUACCUGGCAUACAAGUACGAUGGCGAUCAGCCCGAGAACGUUGAUGAAGAGCAUAUCCUGCACUGUUUCGACUAUGUUCGAGUGGCCUUGAUGUGUUAUGGAGAUACAGCCCUCGUGGGUGCAGAUCCUGGUGACGCAGGUCUCAAUGGCACUCGAGGCUGGGGCGUCACUCACGUCUGCAAAAGUUGGGAUGCUCUGUACGACAUGGCUGUUGCAAGAGCCGCAGAGCUCACUCAUAAGGGAUUUGAGCUUGGCAUAUUCCAUAUCACGCCGUCCCCGGAUCCUCGGACUCUUGACCGCAGGCCGGAGGACCCUCGUGCAUGA